AUGUGGAAUUCGUAUCUGAUCGUGACCGCCGGCGGACGUUAUCAGACAUUAACUGACAUGUUGUUUGUGGUGUGUUAGUGGCAUGUCUUCGUUUAAGUGUUUUGAUUUCAUUUAGGCGGGGGAUUCUAGUUGGAAUUACGGUUAUGUUGACUUCUAGUUGCAUUAUUAUUUAGGUGGCUCCUUGAAGACCAGUAUCCGUCCUAGGUACGGAAAACGUCCGUGGUACUGUACCUUCCACAAAAAAUGUUACUGAAAAACAAUCUCGUUUGUAUUAAAAUAGUGGUACCAAGCAAGUAAUAUUGCAUCGUCAGUCGGCAUUUAGAAAAAGUUUCUAGCUGCGAAUUUUUCCAGGAAUGAUUUUAGGAAACAGCUUGUCCCAGAACAGACAGCUGUCCAUGAAGGAGCCAUAUGGGAGACUUUCUGAUUCUUAUUGGCAAUACAUGGUGGAUAUGCAGAAGGAAAAGUAUACCAUAUUUGCUUGAUGACCUUCGCCAAGUAGCCCUGCCAUACAAGCACAGAGGAAGUGCAGUGGUUUCAGAGUUAGGACCGUCCUGUGCUCAGCUUACUGUUGAAAGAUGGAGGGCCCAGAGGAUGAGCUAGAUGAAUUUGCAGCUAAAAUAGUUUUUGAGCAACUGCCGGAACCUGUGGAAAAGAAGAAAAACACUUUUGAUGAGGCACGAAAGAGACUAAUUGAUGCAGCUAAUUGUGUUUUUGGGUCGUUGAAUUGGAAUCAUGCUGUUGUGACUCAAAAUGUUGAUUAUGUAGAUUCCAAUGAAGGAGUGUUUUCAGUUGGAAUAUCAUCAGUUGUCAAAGUAGAAUUAAAAGAUGGCACUUACCAUCAGGAAAUCGGCUAUGGAAUAUCUGAGGGUCUCACAAGUAAAAUACGAAGUAUGUCACAUGCAAGGGAGGAUUCUGUGUUAAGGGGCAUAAGAUCAGCUUUACUCAGUUUCGGCGGAAAGAUGUCGGAAAUUCUGAUGAAUUCUGAUUUUUAUCCUUCUGAAACAAGGAAUUGUGAUGGCAAUUCCCAGAAUGUAGGAAUAACUCCAGAAAAGAAACCACUGGCACAACUUUUUCCCAACAAUCAAGAAUGUACACCUUCCAUGUCAGUGAAAACAACAAAGAAGCCUAGUACCACCUGCACAUCACCAGUGUUACAUAGUGUGAACAAGAAUUGCGUGUCUGAUGAAGAAAGUCGACUUGAAAGGAAGCGGAGACAGCAACAGAAACAAGAACAGUUCCGUCAACAGUUCAAACAACAGAAAUUAAUACAAAACUCAUCAGCUAAAAAUACUCCACAGAAGACAUCAAACAGCAUAGCAGACAAAGGGAAUACAUGUGAGUGGCCAAUUGCCAUUGAAACUCCACUGGCAGAGGAAGAAUUCUUAUCAACUCAAGAAGUAGAGCAAAUGGUUCAGACAAAAACUGUACCUCUACUGGCUGUGUCAGCUGACAUGAGAUCACCAAAAAGAUUUUCUCCUCUGAGACCAGACAGCUUCAUUCCAAAGAAGCCACAGCAAAACACCAAUUGAUCUAUUUAAACAUCGUAAAAUGUGUAAAAAUAUCAAAUGUUUUAAUGCUUUUUAACUUUUCUAAGCUUAUAAUUGUAUGCAUCUCAAGUAACACCAAAAGGAACUAUUACCUCUAAAAGAGAUUGGUAGAAGCCUUGUAAUUAAAAACAAGACUAAUUGUUAGAAACCACUUUCAAAAGUUUUGCGUAUGUAUAUGAAAUGGAAUUGGAGUACUGAUUUAAAAAAAAAUUAUGACAGUGAUAUGUAAGGUUUGAUAGCUGUUUUAAUAAACAGUACUUAAUUCCAAAUGUUUUAAUCUUGCACUUGAAAGAGGCAUGGAGUGCAUAAACUUCAUGGACUUUCAUCAGUUUUUGCUAUUACUCAUUCGUAGUGGGUCAUGUAUUUCUACACACUGUGAUGCUUCUUUUCAGCAUGCUAUUGCUAUGAUCACUGAAUGGAGUAUCAAUGCCAUCACUUUUUCAGUCAUUUAAACUGUGCUUAGACAUUCAGCUAUAAUGUAUCCUUCAGAAAAAUAAUGGAAAAAAGACAGUUGUAGGGAAAAUGUUUUAACUACAAUGAUCACACUUUUCAGAAGCAUGCAUAAAGCAUUGGACAAGAACCAACAAGAAGCGUUAGGUGCAAAAAUUCAAGAAAUGUUGCACCCCAAAAACAAACACACACACACACACACACACACACACACACACACACACUGGCACUGAAAAGAUUAUAUGGAACAGAAUUAAUUAUGAAUAUGGUAAUCCAUUACAGAUGUGUUGUUACUUUGAUUUUCUAUCCUGCAGGAGAUGCUGGUUUUUAAAAAUGACUGCUGUAACUAGAACUGAAACUUGUGAAGUUAUCUAGAUGAUUUGUUAGUUUUGCUCAGGGAUCAGUCUAAUCUGAGAUGUGUAAUACAUGUGACAGAGUGAUGAUGUGAAAAUAAUUGUGUUAUGAACUCUGAUAGAAACUAAAGCUAUUUUCCUCACACACACUGACAGAUUGUAUAAUUAUAUAACCCUGACUUGUUGAGACCAUUGUUUUAGCGCAUGGAAGUCUCAAAACAUUUAUGAGGAUGUUUAAUUGUGUUAUUCUUGAUUUAAAACAGCAGUUUUAAAAAAGAAAAUUUUUAACAUGAUUGACAGAUAUUUCCAAUUUGGGGGUGGCUGGAUACUCUCAGCAUCUCACAAGAGUGGGACGAAGUACCUUUGGUGAUAUAGUAGUAAUGAUAAACACUGGCUGUUGAUUUACAGGAUCAGUUCAGAUGAAAAAGGAGUGAGAAAGGGUUGUGAUUUGUAACCUACAUUAUAUAAUAUCUAUUUGGAUUAGUUUAUGUGGAAAACAGUGUCCCUCAAGGGAUUACUUUGAACUGAUGAUGCCACAUCAUCUGGUUGUUGUUCACAGAUGGAAUGACAAUAAUCUGAGAAGAUGAAGAUAAACUGCAAAAAGUCACCAUUUAUUUUAGAUGAACUGUGUAGGAAAAACAGCCUUCAUGUAUCGACAGAAAUGACAAAAAUCUUAGCUUUCAAAGAGAAAGAGCCAGCAAGAUGUAAAAUUUCAGUAACUGCCCAAAUCCUUAAGCAAGUGUCACAUUUCAGAUAUCGAGGGUGGUGAUACCAACAUCAAAAAGAUGUAAACCAAAAACUUAAAAUUCCAGCACAUAUAUGGCACAGUCAGUCAUCAUUUGAAAACUGCCAAAAGAUUAAAUUUCACCAGAUAAUGACAAAGUAUGUCAUGCUCUUUAGAAGUGAGAACUCAGUUCUCAUAGCAGAAGACCAAUCAAUUAUCCAAUUAUCUGAAAUAAGUUUGCCGAGCAGUGUACAGAUUGAAUCACCUUAGAAAUGAAGACCUUCAUGGGGAACUGAAUAAGAUUGCAUCUAAGAACAGAGAGAACUGGAAACACCGCAUUGCAGAAGUGAGGAUUGAGAUACACCAAGCAAACUUAUACAGGUCUGUCAAGCUUGUGAUGAUGGUGGUGAUACGGUUUUGUGUAUUCAGUAUUUUGCUGUUUGUGCCACUAUAAGUUAAAGUGUUGUGUGAUUGAUAUUGUAUCAUAACCCAAGGUUGUUGGGGUAUUCUCCUAAUUGUUAAUGUUAAACCAUGUCUACCUUAAUGUUUCUUUUUCUUUUCUUUUUAAUCUGUUUGCUUUCAUUUGUCUCACUACAAACACUGAAGUUAAUACAUACUAUUUUAUAAUUAUACAGGGUGGUGCAAAAGUUACUGGACUCUGAUUUAAACAAAAGAUUGAAUGCAAGGAAUACAUAAAAUUAUUUUUUAUGUUCAAACUGUUUUCCAUUGUCAUUAAUACAUUUUUGAAGCCUUUUUGGAACACUGCUACAUACUCUACAGCAUAGUGUGGUAUCAUUGUCAAAACCAUGAAAUGAGGCUUUAGAGAGUUAACGGAGUCCUUGACGACACCCCAGAGGAAAAAAUCCAUGGGUGAACAUGAAGGCAUGUCAAUAUCUGACCUUCGACCAGUCACUUUUCUUUGGAAAGUUUCAUUUAAGUCCUGGUAUCACGUAAUUAUGAAGCAUAUCCAAAUUGUUAUCUCGUGUCACGGUUCCUUCAAGAAAAUAUGGUUCAAGUAUACCAAAUGAACAUAUUGCCCCCCAAACACUCACGCUAGGUUGAUUUAGUGGUUGUUCUAACAAAAGAUUUUGACUGUCGGUACACUAGUAAGACCAGUCAUGUCUGUUUGUGUCUGCAUAACUUAAAAUUGCCCUUGUUAGACAACACAGUUUUAUUGAAUAGGUUAGGUUUCUGUUGGUCAAGCAUCAGUUCACAAAAUUCAAGUAACCCAUGUUGUAAAUGUAGAAUGUAAUCUUUAAACUUCUGUUUGUGUAACAUUCUUUGCACUGACCUUUGUGAUAAAUGCAGCUCAGUUGCUAAUUGUCUGGUUGAUUUUUGUGGACUUUGGGUCACAGCUAAAUGUACCCGCAGUUCAUUUUACUCAGUUGUGACUGUUGUUAGGUGGCUAGAUAUUGAUGCAUCCAUAACAAAUUCAUGUUCUUCGAAUCUCCUCGUAUGUAGUACACUGUCUGUCCAGAUGGUGGUUCGGUUCUUAAGUACCUUCUCCAUUCAUUAACAAUAACAGUAGCACCACAUUUUAUAAAAUGUUUUUGACACAAAAAUCCUUUCUUCUUUAGUUACCAAUGUGACGAUUCAGAAAACUACAGCUGUAAACAUGUCUCACUGAUCAU